CAGUAGAAUUAGCGAGUGAAACUGACGGACUGUGACGGUGUGAGUGCCUGGUCGCCACCCGUGCCUGUAUGUGUCGUGACUGAUUUGCAAGGUGACUUGCAUACUGUUGUGUAAUAUAUGGAUAUUCCCCGACAAACGCCCCGAAUCCCGCAAACGUGUGAGACGCCCCUUACCUGCUAGGGGGAGUUCGUUUCAUUAUAUUCCUUAAGCAAGACUCAUCUUACCCUGUGCACGGUCCGAAAACAGAUGAUCGUGAAGUGUAAACAAUGCUGCUGCGCACACGUGUUGACUGAGAAUUGUAGUUGGGAGAUAAAUACUAAAAUAAUGGCUGCUGAUGAGUAUAUUCCUUGUUUGAAAUGUGAUGCUUGGGUACCACAUUAUGCCAAGGAGAUACACAUGGCAGAGUGUCAUGAGCUCUCACUCAAACAGUUUACUCAUCCAUAUAUCACAGGUUCUUCAUUAUUUGGUCAAGUUACAUUUAUGGUAGGAACUGAACAGUCCAUGGUAGGAGCAAAAGAAAAAGAUCCUGAGACUGUGAAAUCUGUACUAAAGAACAAGAAAAAUUUAAAUAGCAAGCUUAAUGAAAAUAAUCAAAACAAGAAUGAAAAAAUUGGAAAUGAAAGUCAGGUUCCAGAACCAGAAUGGCUUAAAAAGAUCCUUGCAAGUCUGCACUAUCGGGCAGUUUUGAUGAACGAGAGAGAUCUAAUUCGUUGCGACAUUACAGCCUACACGCCAGUCGAGGUGAAAACUGGUAGUAUAUCCUGUGGAUUUCUUGCCAUUCCUGAGAGAGUGCGUAUUGGACACUUGUUGGUUCAUCAAGGUUCAUCGCAGUAUUUACCAGAACUAAAAAAUUGUUCAUUAAUAUGUGUUAAGAAGAUUGACUGUGUCAGAUAUGUUGAUGAAUUAAAAGUACUACAUAGCAAAACAUUUACUGAUGAAGAAAACUUGUACUAUGAGAAGCAAGUGAAGGCCUUUCUGUAUAGCAGUUUUCCACUUGGUGCUCCAUACACAGUCAAGGUUGGCUGCAAGAUAUACCUACCCUCAUUGCUGGGUAAUGAUACCGUGUUCACAGUUCAAAGUCAUAAACUCUGUGAGUCAUUUUAUGAAGAAGGAGCAACAAGUUGUGAGUACAUAGCAGAAGAGCACAACUCAACCUAUGAAAAAAGUGACACUUUCCCAUCCCAACUGAUCACAAUUGAUGAGUGUGAAGGUUCUGUCUCAUCAGUGACUGAAAAGGUUUCAAAACUUCAUAUAUCAUCCCCUGCACCACCAAGUAAUAUUCAGUUAGAAGAAACUCCUAAUGUUACAAAUUUUGAAAAUAAUAUAUUUACAUCAACACCAAUUAAACUUAGUUGUGAAGGGAGCCAACAUAAUCAUAAUGUGACCUUCAUGUCCAAGAUAACUAGCAAAGACAUUUCAUCCAUUAGUGGACUUGUGUCAGAAACUGUGUCUUACUUUGAGAAAGUCACACCUUGGGUUAGGACAGGAAUGAAUACUAAGAUUAUAUUACAACCAACGAGUGUCAGAAAAGUUGACGUGCAUUUGCAUAAAGCAGGUAGUCACGAAGGAUACUGCAAGGACAAGGUGUAUUACAACUUGAAGAAGAUCAUGGAAACUGCUCUCAGAGGAUCUGGUAUAACAGACUCUCCACUCCUGGGCCGGUGGAGUGGAGUGUUGUUGUAUGGACCUCCAGGAACGGGGAAGACUUUGAUGGUACAUGAGAUGGUGGCAGAGUUGUCAGUUCCUGUAUUCACAUUAACACUGGCCACUGUGUCAAAAUCAUCCAGAAGUACAAAGGAGUAUGUGCAGUAUAUAUUUGGAGCAGCAUGUCAAAGUGCCCCAUCAGUGUUGUUUAUAGAUGAGCUGGAGAGUCUGUGUCCAGCAGCUGACCUCAAGAUGCAAGCAGACAAAACAUUUACUCCAUACAUCCUACAAGUGGAUCCAAAUGCUACAGUGUAUCAACAGACUGCACAAAAACCAGUGUUCCUGUUGGCUGCCACCUGCCAGCCAUCCCGGGUGUCCUCAAAGCUACGCAGCCCUGGCAGACUUGAGAGGGAACUAAUGGUGCCCACUUCCUGAUGCUCAACAGAGGCAUAGAAUAUUUCAUCAGUUGAUAUCAACUCAUCACCAUGAUCUCAUUGGAAAAUGACAUUGCUAACAUAGCCAAGAAAGCUUAUGGUUUCUCUGGAGCUGAUUUGAGUGUCCUUGUAAGAUGUGCUUGGCUUGCUUGUGCAAAGAGGAUUCAUGGAAAGGAAGAUCUCAAGUUAUCAAAGGCUGAUGUGUAUGUUGGAAUGCAGAACAUAAUUCCAACUAUGCUGAGGCACACCUACUCUGCAGUUUCAAUGGUCAAAUGGCAUGACAUUUGGGGAUAUCGAGGCAUCAAAAUGAAGUUACAG